CCCCACCAGACCACGUCGUUCGCCGCUAUAUCUGCACACCAUUGCACAAUUCCUGUCAUCCUCUUUCGCCAUAUUUCCGACAUCAAACUAAGAUACCGUAAUUCGUAAUCACGCGUUCGAACAAUGGUAGCAGAAACGAAACUGUAUGACCAAUUAGGACUUAAACCAGACGCAUCACAAGAAGAGAUCAAAAAGGCAUAUCGAAAGGCAGCAUUGAAAUGGCACCCGGACAAGAAUAAAGAUAAUCCCAACGCUGCUGAAAAAUUCAAAGAGGUAUCACAGGCGUACGAGAUUCUCUCCGAUCCGGAAAAACGAAAAAUAUACGAUGCACAUGGUCUAGAAUGGCUGCUACGCGGCGGACCCGCGAUGCCUGAGGGCGGCAUGCCCGAAGGGGGCAUGCCUGGUGGAUUUGGAGCAGGAGGGUUCCCUUUCGGCGCCGGGGGACCAGGAGGAGGGACUAGGACGUUCCAUUUCUCCACAGGUCCUGGUGGAACAAGGACAGGAGGCUUUGCCUUCACCAACCCAGAGGAGAUCUUCGCCGACUUUUUCAGGCAAAGCGGUGGAGGCGCUGGGUUGGACGAUGAUAUGGGCGGCUUCAGCUCAUUCACUAGUUUUGGCUCGGGCAUGCCUGGCGGAAGAUCAGGGAAAAGAUCUUCGGGCUCGCGCUUUGAAAGCAUGAACGGUGGCCCAAGGGCACCGACGCCCGAGGUCACUGUAUUGGAGAAGCCGCUGCCCGUCAGCUUGGAAGACCUGUACAAGGGAGCAACGAAGAAGAUGAAGAUCAAGCGGAAGAAGUUCGAUUCGAACACGAACAAGCAAGUCAUUGAGGACAGAAUACUGGAAGUCCCAAUCAAACCUGGUCUCAAGGCUGGAAGCAAGAUCAAGUUCAAGGACGUGGGAGAUCAAGUGGAGGGCGGCACACAAGACCUACACUUCAUUGUAGAAGAGAAACCUCACCCUACACUUUCCCGCGACGGAGACGACAUAAAAACCUCAGUAGAGAUCGACCUCAAAGAAGCAUUGACUGGUUGGUCAAGACAAGUCACCACGAUUGACGGAAAGCAGUUAAGGGUGGGCUCGAGCGGUCCAACUCCACCAACGUGGACUGAGACAUUCCCCGGUCUAGGCAUGCCAAAAAGCAAGAAGCCCACGGAAAGGGGAGAUUUCGUAGUUGGUGUAAGGAUAAAGUUCCCCGCCAGUUUGACCGCGGAUCAAAAGCAAAAGUUGAAGGAGAUUCUAUGAACAGGAGCCCAAAAAUAUUCUUAAGGGAUCGAUACACGACGGUAGACCGCCCCAGCAUAUUGGCGGUUGAUGAGAAACGAUUUUUAUUAGUGGGAUGUUGUGCCUAGUCGCCUUGAUUUGGGAGCGGCGUCUGCGGGCGUUCACCCGGCGUUCACGACUUCAGUGAGCAUUUGAUGCAUGGCGUUUCUUUGAGAACCUUUUGUUGCCAAAAUGAAGGUGCGGUAUGACAUCGUAGGAUCAUAGAGCAAUGAGGAUAGGGAGUCGGCGAGCAGUAAAGAGCACAUACGCCGCUCCAGCUGCAUAUCGCGGACACAUUAGCAGGACCGUUCAAUCAAAUCAGUGGAGUCAAAUACUCUCGCAUCACAAAAGCGUGGUGAUCCUUGUCACCCACGAUUGGAGGUCGUUAACGGAUAACAUACGUAGGAAAGGGGGGAUUUUCCUUUGGAUGCUGGACAAUAAAUACAACCAUAGAAUAUCAAAAUCAGAAAGUACGUUCACGAAA